AUCAGAUGUGUUGCACCUAAUUUGAUGGCUUACCUUAGGUACCUCAUGUACCUAAGCUAAGUACUUCGAAUCUCAUUGUGAUAAGUCCCGACUUUCGAGCGAAUACCUAGGUAGAUAGGAUCUUACCUAGGUAUUUAUACUCUAUCAAUUCUAGCAUUUGCACUUCACUUUUACUACAUACCUACCUCCUAUAUAAACUACAUCAACUAACCAUGUAUGCUAUGCGUUGUACAAUCAACAGCUGAUAAUCGUACAAAAUACCUGGACACCGCCUCUUUAAUUGCAAACGACCUGUGGGUAUCGAUAACACCGUGCGCUUAUCGAAUUUGGGCAAUGCCUCGGUCGAAAUUAUAGCAGGUGUACGCUACUAUGUAAGCAAAGCCGAAAUGGAACUGUCAAUUGAAGGAAGGAAGAGUACACAACGGGUUGUACAACGCGAAAGGCAACACAAAAAGAAAGACCUUUCCUAGUACUACCUACCUUAUAGUAUACGAUUAAUAAAUUAAUAAAUUACAUGCAUAACAAAAGUUGUCGUCCUAUCGUUAGUUCAACUCGUUAAAAAAACAAAAACAAGAAACAAGAAAAAAAAAACCACCGACCUGUAAUAAAAUUACCCGUUCCUCUCUAUGCGCGACACCUCGCGACUUGCGGGGCCCUGAUCCGCCUAAUGAUUUCUAUCACGGCGCACCGCUCCUUAACAUUCUAGAAGCCAUACGUCGCGACGAUGGCUACUCCGACUCCAGAUUCAGUUGCUCAUAGAAAGCGAAGACGGAGAAGAAGACAGGACAAGCCUGCCAUCUCAACAAAGCUAGUUCUAGAUAGCCAUGUAAAGGGAGAUGUUGGCUUAUUAUCCAAUAAUGUGUUUACCGACCUGUUUCCUUACUUACAAACUGACUCUGGCGAAGAUAAGACAGGCCAAACCCUCACUAUCCAACAUGUCGCCAUCGCCCCAUGGACACCGUCUCCGAAUCCCCAACGGAUAAAUUGGACUAUAGUCCCCAUCGUCAAAUCUACCUCCCUUGCUGAUUCUACCGUCCAAUUUUCCCCAUCGUCCCUUGCCUUGCAAAGUUUCGCGACAACGUUGCAGCAGGUCGCUCCUUCGAAGCUUUCUAGUCAUAAUAAAGGCGGUAUCGAAGUCCUAAUCUUAGACGUAGCGACCCUCCCCCUAGAUACCGUCUUCGUACACCUCGAAAGCGACUUGGUAAAGAGACUCGAAAAUGGAGAAGGGAACUUCUUUAAUGGUGAUGCAUCCGCCGAGAAGAAAGUUGUUACAGGGAAUGACACUCCAACCGAACGCCUCGCUGCUGCGCUCCGUCUAGCUUUGGGGACACUGAAGAUCGUCCAUAAUGGGGAUCUAUUCCCUUUACCCCUACCUCCGCAUCCUGUUACACACGUUCCUCCAACGCCCGGCAAGGUAACACUUUGUGAGCCUGUAGCACAGGGUAUUCUAGCGCCGACUACCAAGAUUAUCCUGACGAGGGGUCACGCUCAGUCGAAGCAAGCUCGAGGCAGUAUUCCCUCACCACGAACUUUAAGUGCUGAUCAGGAUGGCGAGGACACUGCAACCGACCAGUUUUUUUCUGCCACUGAAGAGCGAGAUAAGGCAGAUGGUCCAAGCGAGACUUCUGAUAUCGUAACAGAUAUUGAGACGGAGAUGUCAGAACCUGAAAAUGAAGAUGAACUCUCCGACGAUUCCCUUGAAGAUAUUAUAUCCCUUCAAGUUCCAUCGCUGCCAUCCACCAAUGCUAGUGGCGUCUCUAGCAUGCAACCAGGAACGCCAAUGACACUCGGGCGAGGAAGGAUUGGCAACGGCAUAAACACUCCCUCGGUCUUUUCCAGCUUUACUGCUACUACCGCUCGCCAGGAUCGUCCUAGGGGUCGCCUGUUCAAGGCUCACGGUUUGAUGAGCCAAAUACCGUCCGAAUUACUUUACCCUAAGCCCACAGCCGAAGAUGAUGAUGAAGUAAGGGUGUAUGUAGAUAUCGCCUCGCUUACUAGGAUAGGGUGUUUUUCUGGAGAUUGGGUCCGACUUGAAGCCUCCGAGGAGCCUCCUGCCAAUGGAGUCGGCCUAUUUGGCCUAGGCAGCUUCGGACAACCCGGGGAAGAAGAGCCGGUAUGGAGACCAGCUAAAAUUUACGGACUCCCGGAGGGUUACUCUCACAGGCCUAUGACGAGAAUUCCAAGCUCAAAAUACGAUGUAAACAACCGAAGGCCUUCGUUCUUUGAUUCCCAAGUUCCAGCACAUACCGGACCCAGCGCGUACAUGUCGCCCCUCCUGCUGGCGAACCUAGAAAAUGCGUCUUAUGUUCGCUUAUCUCCGCUGAAAAGAAUAGCGCAGCCUUCAAAGCAAGGCCAAUCGAAAACCAACGGCUCAAUCCGCCCUCCAUAUGCUCGAGAUGUCACUCUUCAGCAAAUACGAACACCUGUCUCAUCCGAGAAAGCUCUCCAGACAGCUAUAUUCGGUGGACUCAAGGAUCACUUUGCACGAAGUAUACGUGUAGUUAAAACGGGCGACUUGGUUGGAAUUCCAAUCGACACGCAGCUUGGACGUACGCUUCAGGAAUCGACUAUAACCGGUGACGGCAUUGUCCUCGACGAUGUCGUGGCUCUUACAGCUUCAAACAAGUCCGGUGCAGCAGCUACAUUAAAGCCAGAUGCCGUUGCCUGGUUCAAAAUCGCCCAUAUAGAACGCCAGAAGACGGAACCCGUGGAAGAAGAGGAUGAGGAAGACUUAUGGGGUGGUGUAGCUUGUGUCGACAGUUCUUCGACUCAGAUUGCCCAAUCUGGUGGCACUACUAGCUGUCUUCCAGGGACGAAAGAUAGUAAUUGGCCUUAUUAUCUAGGUGUUGAAGAAGCUCCUCGGCCCACAUCCACCGUCCUUUCUUCGGUCGUACAGCCGCAGGCAAGGUUCAUCCUGCCCUUGAGGCGACGGUUAAGAGAGCUUUUGGCGGCUGCCACAAGUAAACGAGCUGUUCACCUCAAAAUGCCCCCGGUAGCUAUCCUCCUUGUAUCAAAUCAACGUCACAUAGGCAAGGCUACUUUAGCCACUAAUGCCUGUGCGGACAUUGGGCUACAUACAUUUACUAUUGACGCUUAUGACGUGGUUAAUGAUAGUGGAGCUGGGGGGAGCGAUGUCAAGACGGAAGGCCUCCUGAAAGCUCGAGUAGAUCGUGCCAUGAGCUGCGGCCCGGAGUGUUGUGCUCUUCUUAUUCGACAUAUUGAGGCCCUUACGGCUGACAGGAUGGUGGCUGCAAUGAAGGAAGUACUUGGCGAAACUAGGGUACUAAUCGCGACGACAACCGAGGUAGACAAGGUACCAGACGGAAUUAGGGGACUCUUCACCCACGAACUGGAGAUGAGCGCCCCUGAUGAAGGCGAACGUGAAGAUAUUCUGCAAUCUAUAAUACAAAACCGUGGAGUAUCCUUAGCGCCUGAGGUUGAGCUGAGUGGCGUUGCUCUUAAAACGGCAGCUCUUGUUGCUGGUGAUCUAGUUGAUGUGGUCGAGCGUGCGAUAGUCGCCCGUGACUUACGUCUAGAGCAGCUAUCGGCAGAAGCUUCGAACGAGGAUUUAACAGUCACCGUUCGCGACGUACAAGUGGCAGGAGGCUCAGCGGCAAGGUGCCUAACAAAGGCCGACUUCGAUGUUGCUGUGGACGCGGCGCGGAAGAACUUCGCAGAUGCGAUUGGCGCGCCAAAGAUUCCAAACGUCACCUGGGACGAUGUCGGUGGUCUCAGUAAUGUCAAAGAAGCGGUUAUGGAGACGAUUCAAUUACCGUUGGAGAGGCCAGAGUUGUUCGCUAAGGGAAUGAAGAAGCGUUCCGGCAUCCUGUUCUACGGCCCACCCGGUACGGGUAAGACGCUAUUAGCGAAAGCAAUCGCUACUGAGUACAGCUUGAAUUUCUUCAGUGUGAAGGGUCCUGAGUUGCUGAACAUGUAUAUUGGAGAAUCCGAGGCCAAUGUCCGCCGCGUCUUCCAGCGAGCCCGAGAUGCUAGACCCUGCGUCGUCUUCUUUGACGAACUUGAUUCGGUCGCCCCGAAGCGAGGAAACCAGGGUGACAGUGGUGGCGUUAUGGACCGUAUCGUCUCCCAGCUUCUAGCAGAACUGGAUGGCAUGUCCGGGGGAGACGACGGAGGAGGCGGUGUCUUCGUUAUCGGUGCCACGAACCGACCCGAUCUGCUUGAUCAAGCGUUGUUACGUCCCGGUAGAUUUGACAAGAUGCUCUACCUUGGCGUGUCCGAUACGCACGAAAAGCAAAUCACGAUUAUGGAAGCCCUGACAAGAAAAUUCACACUUCACCCAUCCGUUUCGCUGCCAGCUGUCGCCGAGCACCUGCCCUUUACUUACACGGGUGCUGAUUUCUAUGCGUUGUGUAGUGACGCUAUGCUUAAGGCCGUCACACGGCAAGCGUCUCUAGUAGACACAAAGAUCCGGGCCAUAAAUGCAGUACGGCAGAAGGAUGGACACGCUCCAAUUUCCACGGCCAAUUUCUUCGACCACCACGCCACAGCCGAGGACGUCGCAGUUAUGGUUACAGAGCAAGACUUCCUCGACGCGAACCGGGAACUGAUACCCAGUGUCAGCGCGGGCGAGCUCGCCCACUACGAGCAAGUCCGUGCCACCUUCGAGAACCAAGACUCGAAGCCAUCCCAGAAACAACAACCACAACCGCCACAGCCGGAGGUAGCCGAGGCGCCCGCGACACCGGCCCGCAGGCCCAAGUCGCGGUCGAUCUCGAGCAACAAGGGCAAAGGCAAAGCGACGACACCUACCAGCACGACCAGCAGCACCAAUAACAGAAAGGGGAAAGGGAAGGCCCUCGCCAACGCCAGCGACGAGGAGAGCGAGGGAGAAGGGGAGAAGGAGGAGCCGGAGCAGGAGCAGGAAAACGGGUACGAUGGCAGCAGCAGCAGCAUGACGAAUGGGAGGAGGAGGAGCACGAGUACGAGUACGAAUAGGAGUAAAGGGAAAGGUAAAGCCGUAGCACAAGGACAAGACCAAGGACAGGUUUCACCUACCGCAGCUAAGUUUAAUCACGGGACGGCGAGCGAUGACGAGGGCCUUUACUGAAAAUGGGGAAAAAAUUAUAGGGUGCCGUCAACAAGAAAGAAAACAAAAAGAUGUUGCGAGGGGAAGGAAGAGGAAGCUGGAGAGUUAUGAAUCGAUAGAUUAAUUGGCAGUGGUACCUAAGGUUAGGAGGUAGCUAAGUGGAAAAAAGAUAUGACUUCUGUUUACCUUAGGUUACCACCUAGGUACCUAUAACUACCUAAGGUACCUCCUAUAACUAUUAUAUAUAAUAUAAUGAUACAGGUUAUUAAUCUAUAAAAAGAAAAAGAAAAACAGAAAAAAAAAAGACUCCUAAUCCUCGAUGC